CUACAAUGCAUCUAUCCCUAGCAAUUAACGACCCUUAUCAUAAAAAUACCCUGGUGUGAAUGCCCGAUAAAAUCAAUAAUUUGCCGAUAUAUCGCUGAUAAUGUGUCAAAAACAACACUGGAUCACUUGACUAGUAGAUAUGGUUAGUUAAUAGGGGGCAAUAAAGGGAUUAGCGAUGGUAAUUAAAGCCAGACGGAGCUUGAAUAGGGAAUUUUAUUGUGAACUUAAAGAGCGUAUAUCGUUUUGUUCCAAUGUCAGGACAAAUAGUGUUACAUCGGGACACCGGGACAAACACCCCAAAAGCAGUACUGUUCCGCCAAGAUCCGGACGUCUGGAAUAUUCAGUUCAGUGACACAUAAUGGCCACUCAGGAUCAGACUGCCACGGCUCACCCAGCAAUCCCAGAUUUUACAGAGUAUAAUGACUUGGCUUCUUCCAAGAAUGGUGGAAGACUGCUGUUUGCAACUGAUGAUUGGUUUGCACCAGCUGAAAAUUUACUAAAGGAUGAGGCUCCGAUAUUCCGCGAGGGCUACUAUACAAACUGUGGCAAGUGGAUGGAUGGCUGGGAAACCAGAAGGAAACGCUGCGAGGGGUACAACUGGUGUGUCAUACAGCUAGGCAUCAGUGGCCGUAUCCAUGGCAUAGAUGUGGAUACCUCGUUCUUUACGGGAAACUUUGCACCCAGAUGUUCGAUACAGGUUGCCUGCCUCCCAGUAUCCUACAAAGGCAGGGAUCCAGACAGGCUGGGCACAGCUGCAAAUGCUGAAGAUUAUUACAUGGUGGAAAAGCUUAAGUCAGAGGAUUGGGAAUAUCUGGCCCCGGUGACCGCAUUACAGCCAGGGUACCGUACAUUGUGUCACAACUACUUGAAAUGUAGCAGCAGGAAGCGCUAUACACAUGUCCGACUCAACAUAUAUCCUGAUGGAGGUAUCGCUCGGUUACGAAUCUAUGGAGAGGCCAUGCCUGACUGGUCACAUAUAUCAGAAAGAACGAUGAUAGACUUGUUAUCAGCAGUCAAUGGUGGUGUAUGUCUAGGGUACAGCAGAACCAGUGAGGGAUGGCCCAGGAACCUCAUACUGCAGGGCCUGGGGGAGGGACAAACUGACGGCUGGAAAGUCAUACCACUGGCAACCCGACCGUCUGUAGUCCAGUUCAAUCGUCAUGGGUUGCUACAUGAUUCUGGAUCAGAGUGGUGUGUGUUCCGUCUCGGUCAUCAUGGCAUUGUUGACACGGUGGAAGUUGACACCAACCAUUUCAAGGGAGACUAUCCAGAUUCCUGUCUGGUCGAAGCAUGCUUCAUUGACGACAGAGAUGCAAAUUUAAAGACAGCUCUACGACACACUGACUGGAAAACUUUACUUCCAGUAACAAAACUCAAGGGACAUAACCAGCACUGUUUGGAUAAAAAUGAACUGGAGAGUGUUGGAGUGGUCUCCCAUGUCAGGUUGACUAUUUAUCCGGAUGGUGGUGUUAGUAGAUUCAGAAUCUGGGGAACCAAAGCUCAGCGUCCAACAGCAAAAUUGUGAUGAUUUGUAUGUCUAUAUUCCAUUCAAUUGAACCUCGUUCUGGGAAAACAGGGUUUAUUGCAUGUGCUUAAAGUGUCAUCCCAGAUUAGCGUGUGAUGUCAAAUCAUGUGUCAGGCUAAUCAAGAAUGUCACUUUCCGCUGUUAUGGAGGUUUUCGUUUAAAGGUCUCUUCCAAACGAAAAGUCAGUGUUGGCAGAAAGUGUUGCCCCUAAUAAGCCUGUGUGCACUGCACAGGCUUUUCUGGGAUGACACUUUAUGCCCAUGUAUCAUGCCCAGUUUUUCAAGAACAAGGCUUAAUAAUACCUUUACACGCAAAGUUUGAGACAUUUCAUGGUGUUUUCCUCUUGUUAUAUUAUAAUGCCCCCCCUUCAAAGAAGAGGGGGUAUAUUGUUUUGCACAUGUCGGUCCGUAUGUCCGUCCAUUUGUCCGUCCACUAGAUGGUUUCCGGAUGAUAAUUCAAGAACGCUUAGGCCUAUGAUCAUGAAACUUCAUAGGUACAUUGAUCAUGACUUGCAGAUGACCCCUAUUGAUUUUGAGGUCACUAGGUCAAAGGUCAAGGUCACGGUGACUUGAAAUAGUAAAAUGGUUUCUGGAUGAUAACUCAAGAACGCUUAUGCCUAGGAUCAUGAAACUUCAUAGGUACAUUGAUCAUGACUCGCAGAUGACCCCUAUUGAUUUUCAGGUCACUAGGUCAAAGGUCAAGGUCACAGUGACUCGAAACAGUAAAAUGGUUUCCGGGUGAUAACUCAAGAAUACUUAGGCCUAGGAUCAUGAAACUUCAUAGGUACAUUUAUCAUGACUUGCAGAUGACCCCUAUUGAUUUUCAGAUCACUAGGUCAAAUGUCAAGGUCACAGUGACAAAAAACGUAUUCACACAAUGGCUGCCACUACAACUGACAGCUCAUAUGGGGGGCAUGCAUGUUUUACAAACAGCUGUUGUUUAAUUUAAGAUGUUUCCAUCAUGAAAUACCAUAAAGUUAGUUCAACUUUAAAGCAUGUUUAUGUCUUGAUUCAUUAAUUUAACCAAAUGUAGAUAGUGCACAUGUUCUGUCCAUUCCACAAAAUUUCAUGAAAAUAUGAAUACAAAAACGACCUAAAACUUUAUUUUGAGAUUUAUUUACUUCAAGCCUGUUUGGUGGAAAAUUGUGUUCAGUGUAUGAGGCAAUAAUCUCAAUUAUUUAUUAUUGUUUAUUAAUAAUUACUCAGUUUUAUAUUAAGUUUUGCUUGGGCAUGCAUAGUGUAUGAUGAAUUUGAGUGGCACGCAGGGGAAAUGGGGCUUAAUGCAUGUGAGUACAGUGUGCAGUCUGCACAGGCUAAUCAUGGAUGACAUUUCUGCUUUAAAGGUAUAUUUCUUCUCAAUGAUGUCUCCUCUAAACAAGAAUGAAGUGCAAACGUACAGUGUUGUCCCUGAUGAGCCUUUGCAGACUGUACAGGCUUAUCUGGGGUGAUGCUUUACUCACAUGCAUAUCAACGGAACAGCAACUAAGAAUAUUAGAAAAACGACUUUGCUCUAAAAUGUUUUCAUUUGAUCUUCAAUAAGCAAAUCAUUCAUGAUCAUGAAAGGUAAACUGUUUGGGUUUUAUUGACAGACUGAUGAUGAAUGCUUUAUUACUAUUUAAUCUAUUACAAUCACGUUAUUAUGUAUUUAUUUUACAAUAUUUUGAAUAAACAUAUUUUUAUUUUACCUCUAUAUUGUGUAUUAUUUGUUUAUUUUAUAUAUUCUCUUACGUUUACAUACUUGUAUUAAAGAGCAUAUUUAGUAUUAAAAGAAACAUGUAUUAAAACAUCUUAAUGACUGUGUUAUUGUUCGCAUGCAUAUCUAUACAUACCCGAUCAAUGUGUAGUACACAUUUUUAGUGCCAAUAAAAGACAUUAUAUGAACA